AUGCGUUUCCAACUCUUCGCUCUUCCUGCCCUGGCUGCUCUUGCUGAGGCUGCUGCUAUCUCUAGCAAGCCUAGCAGUGUCUGCACGACUUGCCCAGUUACUAUUCAAAACACAGAUGCCGCCAUUGCAUCAGUCAUGUCUCAGAUGUCCGCUCAGAGCCCCAGAGCUGUCCUGACAACCACAACAAUCACUGGUGCACCAGUCGCCUCUACCGCAGUCGCAAAGAUGAGCACCACCGCCGCUCCCACCACAUCAGCAAAGCCCACUUCAUCAGCAAAGUCCACAUCGUCGGCUUCCAAGACUAGCAGCACCAGCAGCAAGAAACGUCAACGCCGUGCAGCUACCUCUACUUCCUCGACCGUCGUCUCAUCCACACCCACCAACGGAGCAUGCGCAGUACAGCCCAACUUCGGCUACACCUACACACCCUCCAACCCCGCCCCCUCGGCCUUCCUCAAGGACUCCACCCUCCGCUCUCAAUACAUGUCGGCCAAUGUCCCCACAAACUACACAUGGCGCUUCGCCGGCUUCUACGCCUCCCAAUCGCAACCAGGCUACAUGUUCUACACCGAACUCUCCGCCUACAGCCCCACCCAAUGCGCAUCCAUCUGCGACGGCAACGCCCAAUGCAAGGGUUUCAACAUUUACUUUGAGCGUUCGCCCAAGCAGUUGCCUGGAGAUGGUUGCAGCAACCCUGCUCCUCAGGUUAAUGUCAGAUGUGCCUUUUACAGCACUCCUGUUUCGGAGGCCAAUGCUGUCAAUGUUGGCUCGUGGAGGAGUUCGUUCAAUGUUGUCAUCACUGGUGCUAAUGGGUACACCAAGAACUAG